AUUUGCCAGUAAAAAAGCGAGCGUCAAUAAUCGGGUGUAUAGUUUGCGAGAUAAACUAACACUUUAACGUCACUAAACUGACAAUACUGUAUACAACGCAUAUCAUACAAAGCAUACACUCACACACAAUAAAAAGUUCUUAUCAUUAUCUGUGCGUAUUUGGAAGAUAUUUUAGAAUAUAACAAGGUUCAUGAAAAAAACAAUCUGCUUCCGAGCGGUCGUAAAUUUACUGUUCACCAAUCUUUUUUAUGUUUUCCUGGACGGUUUCCUCAUUUUAUUGAGGAUUUUGCAUUUCAUCAUGAACAUUUUGCCUCACAAAAGUUGGCAUGUUUUAAACAAGGAUAAUAUUGCAAGAGUUCGAGCUGAUGAAGCAAAAGCUGCAGAAGAAGAAAAACAGAAAAACUUAAGACUUGCGUUGGGAGAACAAGAGGCAAGAACUAAUCAUCUCAGAAAACAAUCAAGGAAACGUUUAGCUCAGUUUGAAGAAGAAGGAGGUGGAUCUUUUAAUGACACCACACUUGCUGAGCAUAAACCUGAAAGUCAUAUUAACUUUUUUGCUGACCAUGAGGCUGGGCUAAGUACGUCCAACAACAGCAAGAAGAAUAUUGAUCAUGAGAAGGAGAAGAAAGCAGAACAAGAGAAAUAUGAGAAAAGUAUUGGACUUUUGACAUAUCUUGGACAGAGUGCUCUUGAACCUGAAACCUCAAAACCUUGGUACCUUGAGAAGAACCAGCCAGACACAGAUAAAGAUACACUCAAUCUAAAAAGGUCUGAUAAAGAUGAAAAGUUGAAGAAUUAUCUUGACCCAGUUCACCAGAUGAAUGAGUUUAUUAACAAGAAGAAGAAGAAGCAUAAAAAGCAUAGAAGUCACAAGGAGAAGAAACAUAAUCACAGACACAAAGAUGAUAAGGCUUCAUCUGAAUGUAAACAACCAUCAAAGACAAUGGCAGAACUACGUGCAGAGAGGAUCAAACGAGAGACAGCUGAACGGGAAAAAUGUAAUAAAAUCCGUGCCAUAGCCAGAGGCGAAAAGGUUGAGGAAAAGAAAAAGGAACAUGUUGAGGUUGAUGAUAGAAGGCGGAAGUACAACUCACAAUACAAUCCAGACUUUGUAAGGGUCAGAAAGCCUACAAAGGAUCAUGGUCUGAAAUAUCACUGACAUAAUACCAAAGAAUUAUAGGAGCUCCUCACUUCUACUGCUCAAAAUUGAAUGAUUUAAUUUAAGUGAUUGAUGUUUAUACCAACAAUGGAGUGGAAUUAUAUCCCAUUAUACUGACAUACACAUGAACAUACAUGCAUCCAUGUCUAGCCUUUAAAUCAGCAGCCAAUCAGAACCAUUGUAACAUUCACACACCAGAACACCCUACGGUUAAGUUAGGUGCCGUUGUCACAAAUGGCGGACAUAACUAUCGCUUCAACUCUUUAAUCUCUUGGUUCUCAUUUCAUAGGACCUUAUUAUUGCUAAUACUGUACAUGUACAGG